UGUUAACAUUAAUGUGUGUGUGUGUGUGUGUGUGUGUGUGUGUGAGAGGCUCAACAAGGGGCUUCUAAUUCUGUAGGACAGAGGUCUCUGAUGGGCCACUGGAGGAGGAAUCCCUUUACAGCACGCCCCCCCCGGCCAAUGAGCAGGGACGCUACCCAGACACAUGGGCCAGGCCUCCCCCCAAAAAUAACCUGCGACUACUGCACUGACAAAUGUUGCUACUUUUACUGGUGACAGGUUACCCUAGCUACUCGGCUCCAUAUUUUCCUGUAAACUCCAAGGUUAACUCUGCACGAUAAAAAACCAGGAAGGCUGUGCAGCCGCCUGUGUCCAAGAUUUCCCCAGGUGGCAGCAACGGGAAGACUGGAAUCUCGCUCUUUGAGCACAGGUGCACCCUGAGGAUUUACCGGUCCUUCACGGGGGGCCAGCUGGGUUGAUUCUGAAGCAUGCAAGAGAACAACAUUGACCAGCCACCGUCACUGUCUCAGCUCUUAAGAGAGAGCUACCUGGCAGAGGCCCGAGCCCAGCAGCGCCACAGCGAGAUGAGCCGCUCAGAUGCUUCCUCCACACGUCUUCAGAUCUACGGGUCACUCAAAGGCAAAGCUGAGGACUCUGUGGGCCACAAUGACCCUCAGUUACCAGACCUCUCAGCCUUCCUCAGCCAGGAGGAGUUGGAUAAGAGCGUGAACCUGGCUCGCCAGGCCAUCGGACAUGAGCCUCAUGAGGAGAGAGCAGAGGUCAAGGCCUCUGUAGCACCAUUAACCCCCUCUAACAUCUCCUCCGUCUCAGUUUCUUCCUCUACACCCCCUUCUGUUCCCCUUACUAACCCCUCUCCUGCUCCUCUUGCUGCCCCCGCCACUGUGGCCUUCCCCCAGCCAGCGCCUGAGAUCAAAGAACUGCCAGCAGCACACACAACAUUCACAUCAGACAGAAAGAUGCAUAAAGCCUCCACACGGCAGGACCACACGAUCAGGAACAGCAGGGACUCCAGUGAAGAAUUCAAUGAUGUUAACAGGUCAGCGAGGAACGCCCCGUACGGGAUGGAGACCCAGUCCAAGAAGGAGUUCCUCAACAAGGCAGCGGACUUCAUUGAGGAGCUCUCCUCUCUCUUCAAGGCCAACAGCUCCAAACGGGUACGACCAAGAGCGUGCAAAGCUCACAGGAGUAGGGUCCAGAACAAGAGCCAGAACGAUGAGGUAGUUUAUCCCCUCAGCUCAGACGACAGGGAGCGCGCUGUCAUGCCCGUUGAGGUGGAGAUGGAGAGACCCAGCCUUGCUGUCAGCCACCAACCAGAGGUCCAGCUGGACUCUGGGGCCGGGCACAUGGAGUUUCAGGACUGCAGGAUUACUGAAGAGCAGCCGUACGACUGUGUUUCCCAGGAGGUGGAGGAGGAGGAUGAAAGCUGUGCCUUGACAGAACCUCCCUACCCAGCAGAGCCUGUGUGCGAGCCUCCUCAUUUCAUCCAGAAACUGAAAAGCAGGGAGGUUCCAGAGGGAAGCAAGGUCCAGUUAGACUGCAUUGUAAGAGGACUCCCUGUGCCUGAAGUCCGGUGGUUUUGUGAAGGCAAGGAGUUGGAGAACAGCCCAGACAUUCAGAUCAUCACCAACGGAGAGCUUCACUCUCUGAUCAUCGCAGAGGCGUUCGAGGAAGAUACCGGACGCUACUCCUGCUUUGCAUCUAAUUUCUAUGGUACCGACUCUACAUCAGCUGAGAUCUACGUAGAAGGUGCUUCCUCUUCGGAUUCUGAGGGGGAGCAGCACUUUGAACAUGUAGCCCAGCUGCAGAGGAAAACCCAAGAGUCAUCUCCAACUUCACCUCCAUCAUCAGACCAAACCUUCUCUGCAGAAGAGGAAGAGCUUCUGUCACCUCAACCUACAGCAGCCACAGAGGAACCAGCGGAAGAUCCCUCCUUACCAUCAACUGAUCCAACUCCUCUACUGGUCCAGACGACCAGCACAGUACUCUCUGUCCCAGACGUCUCAAAAGUCUCUGUGGUGUCCCCGGCACAGCCUGCUCAGCCUGCUCAGGAGGAGUUGACGGUGCUGCCUGAACAGGCGUUUCCUACUUUGUCACAAGGCGACACAGAACUUUCAGUGUCCCAGGAAGAGUCAGCAUCUGACCCAGGCACAUCCACACCACAGCAGGUAGCUACGGCGAUAGCUACAUCUCUGCCUUUGAAUCCAGUGGUUUCACCUGCGCUUCCUGUCCAGGAAGCUCCGACACAAACACCCCAACCUGAGAGUCAAAUGUCCAACCUCAACUAUCUACAAGGAUUAAACGGGCAACCCAUCAUGGCUGCCCCUGUAUUCACAAAGAGCCUGCAGGAGCUCUUUGCGUCAGAAGGCCAGCUGGUGGUGCUAGAGUGCCGUGUGAAGGGGGCACCGUCACCCAGAGUGGACUGGUACAGGGAGGGGAAAAUCAUAGAGGACUCUCCUGACUUCAGGAUCCUGCAGAAAAAGCCCAGAUCUCCAGCUGAAUCAGAGGAAAUAUGCACUUUGGUCAUUGCUGAGGUCUUUCCGGAGGAUUCGGGGGUGUUUACUUGUACAGCAAGCAACAAGUAUGGGACUGUGUCCAGCACUGCUGCACUGAGGGUCAGAGGCAAUGGCAGAAACAGCAACCAGGUGAGGCCUUUCAACAGUUUAACGAUGGAGCCCAGUCGAAUCCAGGAGCCGACCCCAUCAGCCCCCACUGUAAACCCUCAACCAGAGGUUACUGUGACCAACAGCAUCAAGCCCCACUCCAGCACCAUCCGCCUAGAUCCGCUCGUCUCCAGCACCUUACGCCUGGACCCCUUAAACACCAGCACCCUCCGUCUGGCCCCCCACAGCUCCAGCAUGUUGCGACCAGACCCCCUUCGCACCAGCCUGCCCAGUCUGGAACCCUCCAGCCUGAGCAGCAGCAGCAGCAGCAGCAGCUCCUUCCUGAACUCUCGCAGCACCAGCACUCCGAACUUAGAUCCUCUUCACCUCCGCCAGGAGCCUCCUGGAUCCAGUGGAGCACGUCCAGAACCACAGAGCAGCGGGCAGGUGCUCUCAUUCCCAAAACCCUUCACUGCUCUAUAUGCAACGGAGACCUCAGCUGAGCAGGAAGUAUCCAGACAUGUGCUGACAUCGCCCGACAUGAGCGCUAAAGUUAAGGGGACCCCGAGCCAUCAGAACGGGCACCCCGUAGUGGUGCCACUCCCCGAUCCUCCUCCCAACUCCUGCCUCAAGACAGGCACUAUGACAAACCACAAAGACUCACGCUCCAGCUCCAGAGUCGGUCUGCGUGUGCACUUCAAAUUGCCCGAGGAUGAAGAGGAUGAACAAAGUGACGCAUCCAGUGAGUGUGAUGAAGACAUCACUGACGGAUCAGCUAACAAAGAACCACCACCGGUGCUGGCUAAACCCAAACUGGACCCAGCCCAGCUCCAGCUUCUGCACAACCAAGUCCUCAUGGAGCAGCAGCAGGAGACUGAACCUCCGACCCAAACCCACGUCCAGCCUCAGUCCCACCCCCCAUUCCAGAUCCAGAUCCAGCACGAGGUCCAAAGCUCCCACGAAGGUCCGCUGUGGUCGUCCAGAAUGCAACGUGAACCCCAUCCACCACCUUUCCAGCCCUACCUUAACACCACGACUCCCCCUCAGCAGACACCCCGCUCCACUGCGCCUCCACUGACCACCACCACCCCCGCUCCCUCACUGAGCUCCGCUCCAGCGCUCAACGCCACCUUUUCACCUCUUCUCAACACUUCUCCUGCCCCUCCUUUCAGCUCCCCUCCUUCUAUCCCUCAGUUCAAGACCUCCUCACUGGUGACCUCACCUCCACCUGCUCCACAGCUGAACACAGCUCCUCCUUUCAGUGCAGCUCCUAUAACCCAGAUGAACACCAUCCAUGCCUCCCAUCUCAACCUGUCCCCUGCAGCUCUUGCCAAAAGUGCACCCACUUUCCAGUUCUCCUCUCCUCCUGCACCAAAGCUCAAUACAGUCCCCACAGAUUCAACCCCGGCCUUACAGCAGGUCACCUCUCCUGCUGCUCUGCUGAGAAGCACCCACGCCUCCCUCAUGAACCUCACCGCCUCCUCCUUCACCUUCAACUACACCCGGCCUAAGGAGUUCAUAGCUGCUCAGACCUUCUCACCAGUCAGGAGCCCUUCCCCGACUGAAUCCCCAGUGCCCCUGCUCCAUGAGUUGGCCGCUGAGCUCAACUCCUCAGCAGCCAGCUCCCCGACUAUCCCGCCAUUUCCCCCACCAAUCAGGAACAUCCCCACAAGGGUGCUGAUGUCUCCCACCAGCCCUCCUUCCCUCGUGUCCUCGCCCACACCGGGAUCAGCGCAGUUCCUGAACAGCGCCUUCGCCGUACGAGCCCAGUCGCCUCCCCAGGCCUCUUCUCCCACCUCCAGCAGCUCCACACCCAGCCCCAUUCAAAACCCUGUGGCCUUCCUCAGCUCCGUCCUGCCGUCCCUGACCCCGAGUCAUCCCACAAACUCAAUGGGAUUGCCCAAGGGAGCUCCUUUAGGGCUACAAAAGAAGGUACCCAAGGUGCGCCUCCCCUCAAUUGAAGACAUUCGUGAGAGCAAAGAAAUCAUCCUCCAUGACAUCGAGAAAAAGCUUCAAUUUAAAGACGAAACUCCACAUUUUGCAUAUCAACAGAAGCUGAGUAAUGAGGGGAAAACAGCGAGCAGACCGCUUGGACCAAACAUUCCUGCUACUGUCAUUAACUAUGAUGAGGAGUACAAAGUGUCCAGUUUUGAGCAGAGACUAAUGAGUGAGAUUGAGUUCCGUUUGGAGCGAACGCCGGUGGAGGAGUCGGACGACGAGGUGCAGCACGACGACGUCCCUAAGGGAAAAUGCAUCGCGCCCAUAUUCGACAAGAAGCUGAAGAACUUCAGGGCCAUGGAAGGCGUGCCUGUCACAUUUUCAUGCAAAGUUGUGGGAAUCCCUCUUCCAAAGGUUUACUGGUUCAAGGAUGGCAAGCAGAUCUUGAGGAAGAACAUCCAUUACAAGAAGAUAAGAGAGGGUGACGGGACCUGCGCUUUACACAUAGAGUCCACAACCAAUGAUGAUGAUGGCAACUACACCAUCAUGGCAGCUAAUCCACAGGGACGAAUCAGCUGCUCGGGUCAUUUGAUCGUCCAAACGGGACCUCCCAGAAACCGACUGGCACCGAUUCACUCCCAGAGGGUGCGAACCCGCAUACAGGAAGUUGAAAGCGAGCAAACCCAGGAGCGCUUCUUUCGGCCUCACUUCCUCCAGGCUCCGGGCGACAUGCUGGCUCACGAGGGAAGACUGUGCAGACUAGACUGUAAGGUGAGUGGACUACCCAACCCAGAGCUGAUGUGGUUGGUCAACGGGAGGCCAAUCUAUCCAGACCUUUACCACAAGAUGCUGGUGCGGGAGAACGGCAUCCAUUCCCUGGUCAUCGACCCUCUGACGCAGAAUGACGGCGGCACGUACACCUGCAUCGCAAGCAACAAAGCAGGACAGAGCUCCUUUAGCCUAGAACUGAAAGUUGUGGAGAAAGAGACGAAGCACCCUCCCCAGUUUGUGGAGAAGCUUCAGAACAUGGGGAUCCCUGAGGGAACUCCAGUCAGGCUGGAGUGUCGGGUGGUGGGUAUGCCCCCCCCAGUCAUCUUCUGGAAGAAAGACAAUGACACAGUCACUAAAACUAAGCAGAGAAUCAGCAUGACCCAGGAUGCCACAGGAUACGUGUGUCUCCUCAUUCAGCCAACAACAAAAGACGAUGCUGGCUGGUACACGGUGUCAGCAAAAAAUGAGGCAGGAAUUGUGUCCUGCACCUGCAGGCUUGAUAUCUAUGCUCAGUGGCAUCAGAGCAUCCCCGCACCCAUGAAGAAAGCCCCGCGCACAGGCAGCCGCUAUGCCGCUCUGACCGGCCAGGGGCUCGACAUCAAGUCAGCUUUCCCCACGUCGGACACCGGCCCCUUCCUGUUCUCCAGCUCCCCUCCUGAGGUCAUGCUGGAGAGCGAGGAGCUGUGAGCUCUCUGCAAUCACUCCAGCAUGGUGACCCUCAGCAGCAGGAUGUCAAAAACAGUAGAGGGCUUAAAGGAGAAUGAUUAUCUGAGCAGAUUGUCAUGUGAUUUGUGUGAUGCAUUUGAAGUGAUACAUUCAGAAUAGAAAGGCAAAGAAUUGCUGCGUUGAAGCUAUCAGCACCGAUAGUGGGUUUGUCACCAUUCCUAUUUACUCAAGUCGUAUGAAGAGUGUUUCACAUGCAGAAAAAUGACAGAUUUGCAAAGUCUUAGCUCGUGAGCCAUCAGUGGAGUGGAAUAUUGUUCUCUGAAUGAUCCACAUGUGUUUUCUACAUCAUAUUUAGCUACAAUAGUCAGAUUGUUGCUGAAUGUAAGUGAUAACAUCUGUUCUUAAUAGUUAGUCCUAGUCUCAAAGUGGUAUUAACGCCACUUCUUUUUAUUGCAAAUCACAUGUACAGUGGCUUCAGAAAGUAUUCAGACCUCUUCACUUUUUGCACACAACUAUUAUGAAAAUUUAAUUUAAAAUGGAUAAAAUUACAAUUUUUACCAAUUUACACUCAAUAAUCUAUAAUGACAAAGUGAAAACAUUCAUUCGCCACAGCGUUUAUCCUUCAGGGAGGCGCUGGAGCCAAUCCCAGCUGACAUUGGGGCGAGGGCGGGAUACACCCUGGACAGGUCUCCAGUCUAUCACUGACAUACAGAGACAAACAACCAUUCAUGCUCACAUUCACACCUAUGGGCACUUUAGAGUUGCCAGUUAACCUGCAUGUCUUUGGAUUGUGGGAGGAAGCCGGAAGAAACCCACUCAGCCACAAAGAGAACAUGCAAACGCCACACAGACAGGCCCCUGCCCUUUGAACCCAGAAGCUUCUUGCUGUGAGGUGACAGUGCUAACCACUGCGUCACCAUACCGUCCAAGGUGAAAACAUGAUUUCAGAAAUUUUUGCAGCGGUUACACCCUCCGGUCUUCUUGGGCGAGUCUCUAAAGGCGUUGCACAUCUGGAUUUGGGCAGUUUAUCCCAUUCUUCUUAACAGAUCCUCUCAAGUUCCGUCACACUGGAUGGGAGGAGUCUGAGCUUCCAUCUUCAGGUCUCUCCACAGAUGCUUCAUGUGGUUUGUAGUUUUAUCCACCGCUAAUUAAAUCUACAACACAAUAAAGUUCAGAAAGUGAAGGGGUCUGAAUACUUCCUGAAGCCACUGCACCUGUACUGAUAGUACUAGUUUCUUUUAAAGUUUAUAUAAAAAGUAGUCAUAAGUUAUUGUUUAUUAAUAAUCUGAGUACAUUAGUUGAUAUAUAUUAAUAGACAUUUGAAUGUGCCAUUUAGAUCAGUUUGAAUGGCUCCAGCAAGGUGGGAUUCUUUCUACACUUUACUAAAUUAUUUCUUUAUGCCCAUCACUGGAUCACAGUUUUGCACCAUAUUUUUCAUGUGCAUGCCAAUAGCUGAUGAGAAUGCAAUACUGUAUAACUCGACAAACGCACUGUGUCUGCUCACAGUCAUAAUAGUAGUACGUUGUUAGGUGAGUCUAAUUCAUAGUUUGUAGAUGAAACACUGAAACACUUUGAUUUUUUUUUUUUUUUUUCGCUUUUAGGUGAUUUAAUUCAUCUUUGUAUUGACAAAGAUUUAUCUCCUUACUUAUAUCUACAGUUCAGGACGUAUUAUCCGAGGAAUGAGUCACAUCAGACUAAAAACUAAAAAAUCUCCUGAGUUUUAUUUGUGAUAAGACACCAACAAGUCAAAUGUAUCCUGCAGAGGUUACUAUUCAACUUUGAUAGACUUUGAUUAAUAGAAAAUCAGUUUGAAAACAUAUUUGAGAAAAGUUUGUAAGCACAUAUUCAACUGAUGUAAAGUUGCACAUUGUAAAAUAGUUUUGUCCUCCUAAGAAUAAAGUUAUAUUUAUUCAAA